AUGGGCCACCGCUGCUCUGUGCCGUGGUGCCGCAUGUCUUCUCCUUGUUGUCCUUCGCCCGCAGCCACAGCAGCCAAAGAUGCCAGCCCUGCUCCGGCGCCCGAACGCCGCCACCUCCGCGCCCUGUGCCCUGCGGGCUGCGGCCUGCGCUCCCGCACGACGCCGGUUCUGCACCCGCAGCCGAGCGCCCUGGAUCCACCGGAGGGCGUAGGGGCGGAGGCGGCGGUCAGGGCGCGGGGCAUCGGGCAAAAACGGCGAGGCAUGGAGUCGUCGGCCGGCGGCGAUGGCGCACGGGCGCAGAGGCGGCGAGCGGUGGUGGCGGGGCCCAGCGACGGGCAGCGCGGACUUUGGCAGCGGAGGGGCAGCACGGAUGGUGGCGGCAGAGGGGCCGUGCGUACCUCGGCCGCGGAGGCCCAGCGCCGACGGCAGCUGCCGAAAUAUAGCGACGAUGGCGGCAUCCGCAGCGAGGGCAGCAGCGAGGCACAGCGAAGGGGCGAGGGCGGCGACCGCGGCGACGGCGCGCAGGAGCGCCGAGCACGACGACGGGCCGGAGGAAGCCGUAGACACGCUGAGCAACGACGCGCCGCCGAGCUCUUGGCCAGCAACCGACGACUUCGCCGCUGCCGCGGCCGGGCCCCGCCUUCUCCGCCGCCGCGGCCCCCGAGCCUCACCUUCUCCGCGGUCAGCGCCGCGCCUUCUCCGCCAUCGGCCACCGCCUCUGGGCUCGCGCGCCUUCUCUAG